ACUCUGUGCGUGAUUACGUCAGAGGGCGGGACCAAACAAAGGACAGAGGGGACUCCGCAAUGGGAGACAGUUUUUGCGAGCAGCUGAUGGAGGACGGCGCCUUCCUGAAAGCUGACCGGCGGCUGGACACUGAGCUGGUGGACAAACUCAUCCUGCAGCUCAACAGAAUCUACCCGCAGAUCCUCACCGACAAGGAGGCCACCAGAUUCAGAAACUUGGACGUGCCGACAAAUGUUCGUCUAGGUGAGCUCCUGACGCACCUGCAGGGGAAAGGUGAGGAGGCCUGCAGAGAGUUUUACAGAGGCCUGCACCUGCAUGUGGAGGAGGUUUACUACAGUUUACCCACACGGCUUCGCCUCAGAGAUUCUUUGGAUCCACUAACGUCUCCACCUGUUAUCCAGCAGCGUCAUGUUCUGAACGACAGAGGUCCCCUCUUCUUUCUGGGAAGUUUCAGCUUUGUUGUGGGAAUUGCUUUACUCUACUACUACAGCGAAGCUAAAUUGUCUGGGGGAAGUCGAGCCCUUGGGAUGGCUGCUCUGGGUUUGAAAAGAAAAGCUCAAGAAGUCCUUGUAUGGUACACAGAAGAUAGUUUCAUAUAGUAAUUUUUUUCAUGUUCUUUCGAGUACCAGUUUGUUUGAUGUGAAUCACUGUUUUGAUAUAUCCAUGAAGUGCCAACCUGCAACCUCCAAGUCACGCCGCAAUCGCCUUUUUUAUGGACCGUUGCCACCAUCUUGUGGACAAAAGGGGAAGUGCAUUAGAACAAUUGUUUUAUGUAAAAGAACGUCCUAGUUUGUUUGUUUUGUUACGUUUUCCCGUUUAUCAGAAAAAAUCAACAAGAAUCUGACAUUUUAUGUGGAUAAGGAGAACUUAACACGCGUUUUAUUAGUGAUAAAAUUGUUUGCGAUACUUUUCACCAAUGAAAACCUGCUGAUCAAACGCAAGGCAUUGUGGGUAUGGACGUUCCCAAAGAAAAUAGUUUAAGAAAUGGUUUUAUGAGUUGUUAAUAUGAACUAUUAACCACACCAAACGAGUGUCAAGUUGUUUGUGGUUGCAAACGUGUGUCUAAAUAAAUAUUAAAAACAUAACCAUAAGUUAAAUAGAUUUACGUGGCGCCCACUAUAUAUACUGCUGUCGCCAGAUUGCAAAGUUGUGUUGUAUGAAAGGAGAGAAGGUUAGCACUCCCCUUGACAAGGAUGGAAAUGGCCAUUUGGCCUGCAACACACAUAUGGUUAAGGCAUUGCCACCUACUUCGUGGCAUCUCUAACCAAGUUUUUCAUGGAAUAAGCAAAGUUUGUGUAUUUUUGUCGAUAAUGUCACGUCAUCGACCUGCUCGAGUCCACAAUCCGCUACCAAAAGUGUCUUCACUUUAUAACCGCGUUUGCCUUUUUCCAGUGUGUAACCAAGGACCGGAAGUGAGUGGAUUUUCCCGUCUGCUCCUCGUUUCCGGUCGGGUGAAGUCAUGCAGGAAGAGAAAUGAUACAUUUGUUCUGUUGAAUUGCGGACGCUGACGUUAAAUCCCCAAACUCUGCGGGAUAAUAAAUGGUUGUUUUAGUGUGAAAAUAAAGAUUAUGUUCGCCUUAUUUUAGGUUCAACAGGAAUAUUUUGUCAACCCAACAAGCUGUAUUUGUUGACAAAGCUGUCUAAUAAAUUUGCAUUCGAUUUGUACUUAAUCAGAUAAAAUAUGAGUGCUUUUUUUAGUGAUAAAUAUGUGAAAAAUUAACAACACAAUUAAGAUACUGUGUGGUUCAACAAACCUAUUCUUACAAAGGGAAAUACUUUAUAGUGGGGAAAUGUUGAACAAUAAAUUACUCUAGGGCAAAAUAUCUUGGAUUUUUUAGUGCUGACAUUUUAAAGACCAGAGCAGAGCAGCUCAUUCACCAUUUAAUUGGCGACAGUUAAAGUGUGCUGAUUAAAAUUUUAUUUCAACAAUUUUCCAUUUCCGUUUACAAACUGUAGAAUAGAAAAAAACAAUCACCAAAAUAGUUAUUAUAGACUAACUUUUACUUAUAAAUGAAGUUAAUGUGCUGCUCC